AUACUCAUCUUCUUGGAUCUCGACCACUUUUUCUUUUCUUUUCCCAUCCCUUUUCUGUAGAAAAAUAAAGUAGAAAUCAGUGAUCCAUCAGCCAAAUGGAGUUACCGGUGAUUGAUCUGGAGCCCUACUUGGAUGUGAUAUCUGGCAAAUAUUGCGGCGAUGAGGUCUUAAAUACCCAACUGAAGACGGUUUGCUCGGAGGUUAGUCGUACCCUAAGGGAAACCGGAGCUCUGCUUAUUAAAGAUCCCCGAUGUUCUGCUCAAGAUAACGAUCGCUUUAUUGAUAUGAUGGAGAAGUAUUUCGAACAGCCUGAUGAUGUUAAACGUCACCAAGAGCGUCCUCACCUCCAUUAUCAGGUUGGUGUGACACCUGAAGGAGUUGAAGUUCCUCGUAGUUUGGUUGAUGGGGAAAUGCAGAAGAAGCUGCAAUCAUUGCCAAAAGAGAGCCAGCCUUCGACUCCAACAGGUCCAGAUCCUAAGUGGCGGUACAUGUGGAGAGUUGGUCCCCGACCAUCAACUACCCGGUUUCAGGAACUGAACUCCGAGCCUGUUGUACCUGAAGGUUUCCCUGAAUGGAAAGAGACGAUGGAUUCUUGGGGUUCCAAAAUGAUAUCUGCUAUAGAGGCUGUUGCUGAAAUGGCUGCAAUUGGCUUUGGCUUACCAAAGGAUGCAUUCACUGGUCUAAUGAAGCAGGGUCCGCAUCUUCUUGCUCCAACAGGGAGUGACCUACGACGUCAUGGCAAAGAGGGUACUGUGUUUGCAGGAUAUCAUUAUGACCUUAACUUUCUAACAAUUCAUGGCAGAAGUAGAUUCCCUGGUCUAAGUAUUUGGCUAAGGAAUGGAAAGAAAGUAGAAGUCAAGGUUCCAGUUGGGUGUCUACUUAUUCAGACUGGAAAACAGAUAGAAUGGUUGACCGGUGGAGACUGUAUAGCUGGUAUGCAUGAAGUUGUGGUAACUAACCGAACACUUGAUGCAAUUAAAGUGGCAUCACAAGAAAAUCGAAGCCUUUGGAGAGUAUCCUCAACAUUAUUUGCUCAUAUAGCAUCUGACGCUGUGCUGAAGCCCCUGGGCCAUUUUGCACAAUCUCCUCUUGCGGACAAGUAUCCUCCCAUUUGUACUGGAGAAUUUGUAGAACAAGAGCUUGCAGUGAUUAAUCUUAAAGGAAACAGAGGAGAGCUUUAAAGUGUCUUUUCGUGAAUAAAGGUACAUCCAUGACGAAAAAUAACAAGGAAUGGAAGCUGAAUUAUGUUUAUUUCAUUGAAACUGGCUUGAAAAUCAAGACCUGCAGUUGAUUUAACAACUCUGUAGUCUAUUUAUAUCUUCAAGGAAUGAUAAUGGAGACUGUUCUUAUUCUAGUUUAUAAAAACUAACGCUU